AUGGAGGAGGGUACCGGAGGUGUCGAAGGUGGAAAUAUGGCCUGUUCUAGUCAGAGUGUGUGGGCAUCCGAGCGGCCUAGCACUUCCUCGGAGUCUAUAUUCCAAAUACGUACUUCGGACAGCGAUGAUGCCUGCUGUGACCUCCCGCGGCCUAGAAAAAGGGGUGUGCAGCAACGCGAAGAGGAGGUCUCCCCGACGCAUCCAGGUAUAUCCAUCUUGACACGCAGGGAUCUUGUCCACCCAAGGUUACACUGGGCGGGAAGUGGACAGGGUUGUUGUCAUGCCAAGGGAGCCAACAUUUUUCAGUCCUCCGUCCUCCGUCUUGAUACCCGCGGGCUAUAA